AGGGGCCAGGAGUGGAUGUUGCGAUUUCUCCGACGGCUAUACUCCCCGGGUAGGUUGGUAAUGCAAGUGUCUUCUGUCAUCCCGGUAAACCAGUUAUACAAGUCGGUAAGUCCGCUCUUCUGAGAGCCGGCAGCGGAGUCACCACGGCCAAGGCACGGAGAGAGAGGCUGAAAACUCCGGUCAGCUGCUGCCGAGGCUUUGUGGUGCCAUGAUGAAGAAAGUCCUGGAAGCUGUCCUGCUGUUGUUGCUGCUAUUCUUCAUGCCGCAUGCAAAGGGAAUGCGCUACAGCCCGCCAGGGAAGCCCGCACUGACCAGAUGUCGUUCUCCCGAAAAAGAGACCUUCACCUGCUGGUGGGAGCCAGGCUCUGAUGGGGGUCUGCCCACCACCCAUGCCCUGUACUAUCGCAAAGAAAACUCUGAGACAGCGCGCGAGUGUCCAGACUACCACACAGCUGGAGAGAACUCCUGCUUCUUUAACAAGAACGACACGUCCAUCUGGGUCAAUUACAACAUCACUGUGGUGGCCACCAACGCACUGGGCAGCACCUUCUCCGACCCUGUGGAUAUAGAUGUGGUAUACAUAGUCAUGCCUAAUCCUCCAGAGAACGUAACAGUGACUGUAAUGGAGGACAAGGACUGGCCCUUCCUCCGGGUGUCAUGGGAACCGCCACAUAAGGCUGACACCCGCUCCGGUUGGAUCACUCUCAUCUACGAGCUCCGCGUCAAGUUGGAGGAGGAAAAUGACUGGGAGAUGCACCUUGCAGGCCAGCAGAAGAUGUUUAACAUUUUCAGCCUGCGGUCAGGUGGUAGAUACCUUUUUCAGGUGCGCUGUAAGCCCGAUCAUGGCUUUUGGAGUGAAUGGAGUUCCACUUCCUACAUCAAAGUUCCUGACUAUUUCCAUCGAGAGAGGUCAAUGUGGAUCCUCAUUACGGUCUUUUCUGCCUUCAUCUUCCUCAUCCUCACAUGGUUGCUACACAUGAACAGCCACAGUCUGAAGCAUUGUAUUCUGCCACCAGUCCCCGGUCCUAAAAUCAAAGGUUUUGAUAAGCAGCUUCUUAAGAAUGGCAACUCUAAGGAGGUCUUCAGUGCACUGGUAGUGUCUGAUUUCCCCCCAACCACAUCAUCUAACUACGAGGACUUGCUGGUGGAGUACUUAGAGGUGUAUGUCCCAGAGGAGCAGGAGCUGAUGCUGGAGGAAAGCAAGGAUCUACAUGAUAGUUGCCUCAAAUCUGAGAGCUCCACAUCUGACAGCGACUCUGGCCGGGGCAGCUGCGACAGCCACGUUCUGCUGAUGGAUAAGUGUGGAGAGGCAAAAGAAGAAGAGAGGCGAACAGAUCAGGAAAGCAGUCGAAUGGGGACAGAGGUACAGAGGCACCAGAAGGACUGGGAGGAGGAGGAAGUGUUGACCUAUACUCAUGAAGACAUGGUUAGCCCUGACAUGUCCAGUGGGAGGGUGAAAACCUGGCCUUCUGUGUUUUCUCCACUGCCCCAGUACAGCUCAAGCCCACAGGACCAAAGGAGCUCACUUGAGAUGGCCAAACAGCACUGUCUGUCCGACAGCCUGCUCCCCCCAGGCUCCACGUCCUCCUACCUCGCCCAGCCUGGCCACAGCACCAAGGAAGCUCUCGGACUGAGCUACUGGGAGUUCUGCUUGAGCAACAAGCAACCUCACCUGCUUCAUCCCCAACUGCAGGCCCUUCGCCAACUCCAGACCCACAGCGAUGUCAACAUCACCAGCAUCGGCCACAAACAGGCACCUGCUGGCCUGCAGUCGCCCGCUCUCCAGCCCACUGAGUAUGUUGAAGUCCAGAGGGUCAACGAGGAGGAUAUGGUGCUUCUCCAGCCUGUUGUGUCAGGCCGUGUCCGCAUCGAAAGCUGCCCCCAAAUGUCCCAGGGGGAGUACUACAGCAAGGUGAAGGGGGUGGACAGCGACAACAUGCUGCUGCUCCAGAGAGAGGUGAUGGAAGGAGAAAGGUGCCCUUGUGAGGACCUGGAGACGAAUGGAGUGACAGAGAACUGCUACAGAUCGUCCACUGUUACCACUACACAGAAGCCUACAGCCUGCAGUUACACUGCCAUGCCGGUCCAGGACGAAAUGGUCCUCGCAGUGAAUGGUUAUGUUGACACUACCGCCAUGUUCACACUGCCAACUUACUAGGAGACCCAUAAGCCCAACUGGCAGGUGUGGGACAUUGCAAGACCUGUUUAAGCCUGGGACUGAGACAAAACACAAAACAAACAUUAACCACUGGAUGACUCCUUGAAAAAUAGUUGCAAAGACAAUAUUUUGCUGUCACAGAAUUAUUAUUUAUUUUUCUUCUCACGUAAGUGACGUCGUUUCACUGUUUUUCUUUGCACUGCAGUGACACUCUCUGAUUUUGAGAAUCCAAAAGAAUUUGAUUGAAUGAUCUGAAUUUUAAUCUUCAUUCAGCUUUAAAAAGAAUAUGAUUGAUUGUAUAAAUGAUGUGGUUCUAUAUGCUGUCUUUAUUAUUAGUUACUGUAUAUGUCUGUCAUAAAUAUUUUUAUCUGUCACAAGCAUAUGUUUCAUGACACACUUUUUUAAUAUCUUUCAUGAAAUAUAUAGAUCUAUAUUGUAUACUGGUGUAAUGUGAGUAUCUGUUAAAAUUAUUUGUGUAAAAUCGAAACUGCAGAAAGCUCAAACAUCACAUUUUGUAUGCAUUUUUUCUCUGCUCCCUGUAGAACACUACAUCUAUGUAUGUAUAUAUAUAUAUAUAUAUAUAUAUAUAUAUAUAUAUAUAUAUAUAUAUAUAUAUAUAUAUAUAUAUAUAUAUAUAUGACAUUUUGUGUCAAAAAGAAGAAAACUGAAAAAGUGGGAAUGUAUUGUUCUAUUUAUCAUUCAGAGACUAUUUUGUGUAUAUACAUUUAUUACUGCUUUGAUUGAUUAAGUGGUAAAUUAAAAAAGGUUAUUUCUACAAAGAUGUUUAGUUUUUUGGAUGGGAAAACAGUGUCAUGAUACUUGGUUGGUCAUGUAAAACAUAAUCCUUAAGUGAAUCCGUCACUGUUGUUUAACAGUGAUAAAUUGCUGUGUUUUACCUUUUUGUUCUUUUGCACAUAUACAUAUAGCUCUAUAAACAGUCAGCCACCCAUAUACUACAUGCAAUUUGAAACAGCAAACAAAUCUUUUUGGAAAGCUUGCCAUAAAAAUCAUGCUUAUAAUAAAUUCAGAUUAUACAGUCA